GGGAAACUGAACUGGAUCAACAUGGCUGCUUGUAGCGACGGAAAAGGAAAAGAUGAAACCGUUGAUAGCAAAUUAACUUUGUGGGUCGGGAAUUUGGACAAGCGACUAAGCGAGUACAAUCUUCUGAAAAUUCUGCAGCGUUUUGGAGAGAUCAAGAACUUCCAACUCCAUUUUCAUAAAUCUGGUGUUAGAGAAGGAGAACCUUGUUAUUGUUUUGUUGAAUUCAAGACAUUUGAGGAAGCAGAAGAUGCAUUGCAUGGAUUAAAUGGCAAAAUGGCGCUCUCAAAGCCUUUGAGUGUAAACUGGGCAAGGUUCAAGCAAAUGGCACAUGCAGGAAAGAGAGAACAAGGACACAAGAACAAGAGCACAAUGCAAUCUGUGGGCUCAUCAGGAAACUCACUAAACAGGUGACUCAGACAAACUUGUGGUUAUUUUUGUGGCCAGGUUGGCAGGGGUUGCAAGGGUGGCGAAGGUGGUGAGGAUGGCAAGGGUGGCAAGGGUGGUGAGGGUUGCGAGGGUGGCAAGGUUGGCCAGGGUGGUGAGGGUGGUGAGAGUGGCGAAGGUGGCUUGGGCAGUGAGGGUGACAAGGGUGGCCAGGGUUGUGAGGGUUGCAAGGGUGGCGAGGUUGGCGAGGGUUGCAAGGGUGGCAAGGGUGGUGCAGGUGAAAGAGUGGCAAGAGUUGCAGGGGUGGCGAGGAUGGGAGAGUGGCAAGGAUUGUGAGGGUUGCAAGGGUGGCGAGGGUGGGAGAGUGGCAAGGGUGGUGAGGGUGGCGAGGGUGGGAGAGUGGUAAGGGUGGCAAGGUUGGCGUGGGUGGCAAGGGUUUUGCGGGUGGCAAAGGUGGUGAAGAUGGUAAGGGUGUCGAGGGUGGUGGGGGUGGCAAGGGUUGUAAGGGCGGCCAGGGUGGUGAGGGUGUCAGGGGUGGCUAGGGUGGUGAGAGUGGGAAAGGUUGUGAGGGAAACCAUGAAGGCAAUGGUAAUUUGCUAAAUGUAAGGUAUAAUGAGCAGAACAAUGGCUGUGCAGGUUCUUUAUAAUUCCUGGUACAUUUCGUUGUCAUCCUCUGCAAAACAAUGUCAAAUGACCAAAUUCUGGAUCGUCUCGAGAACGUGAACCACUAUGGAUAAUUUGUUAAAUUUGUAUUUCAAAUUUAUUGCUGUGUUCCAGAUUCAGUUUUGAGGUAAUUUUGACAAUGAUAAACAGAGUAAACGACUUUAGAGUACAGCAAGAUUUGUAUUAAAAACAUCAAUUCACCUUUUAAUGGACAUUGUCCUCACUGUUGCCUAAGUGGUUACUUAAACUCUCUGAUGAUGUGGAGUUUAUAUGAA